ACCGUAAAAACCCCAAACGAAAGGGAAUCGCAGAAAGGGGAAAAUCUCUUGUGAUUUUGACCAGUAAUCCCAGAUUAGGGCCAAAACUAAUCAUGCUUUAAUCCCAAUUAAGCAGAAAAUCUUUGACUGCCCUAAAAACCUUUUAUCCUCAACCUCCUCUCCCUCUCCCUCCCUCUCUCUCUCUCUCUCUCUCUCUCUGGGAAUCUGCAAAAGUCUCUUCUUUACCUCUGAAACCCGAUUCAGAUAACACGGGGAUAGAUAGCCAUGGAGAGGCUCAUCUAUUCCUCUUCUCCUUCCCUCCCUUCCCGAAUCCACCGCCGCGCCCCUUCCCCCUCGCUCCGCCGGCUCGGCCGUCUCGGCCCGCCGUGGCUCGGCCUCUCCUCGCCGGCGCGGAGGCUGAUGGGCCCCACCAUCUCGUGCCACGUUGGGAAGUCGCCGCCGUCACCGUCCCUUCCCUCGAGACCCCUGGAUGGAUCGCCGUCCCCGUCGAUCCGCUCGCCGGAGGAGCCGCCGCCGACCGCAAUUGGAGAUUCCCAGAAGCUCAAGGGAUUAACUGCUGGAACUUUUGUGCUACUCUCUGCCCUUAUUGUGGCCUUAAUUCACCCAUUCUUCGCAUCACCCGCCUUUGCAACCUUUCAAAGCGCUGCUAAGACAGGAGGACCUGCAUCAGCUGCUGCUGUUGGGACGAGACUUAUUCGCACGGAAUUACUUAGUAGUGCCUGGACAGGUUUCUUCGCCGGGUGCUUGCACACUCUAUCAGGGCCCGACCACCUUGCUGCACUGGCCCCACUCUCUAUUGGUCGAACCCGCAUGGAAAGUGCUGCUGUUGGAGCCCUUUGGGGCUGUGGUCAUGAUGCGGGACAGGUACUAUUCGGCUUGUUGUUUCUACUACUGAAAGAUCGGCUGCAUAUUGAAAUAAUCAGAACGUGGGGCACGAGAGUUGUGGGCUUCACGCUACUUGUUAUUGGUGCUAUGGGAAUUAGGGAGGCUUCAGAAGUCCCCACCCCCUGCGUUGCCUUAGAAAAUGGGGAGUGUGAUGUUAGUCUCUAUGAAACACUCGAAAACCCGAAGUUGGGGAAGAAGAAGAAGAUUGGAUUUGCUACUUUUGCCACAGGGAUUGUUCACGGUCUACAACCUGACGCGUUGAUGAUGGUCUUGCCUGCACUUGCUUUGCCUUCUCGCUUGGCCGGUGCAGCAUUUCUACUUAUGUUCUUGGUCGGGACGGUGUUUGCAAUGGGAAGUUACACGGUGUUUAUAGGCUCAUGCAGUCAGGCACUAAAGGAACGGGUUCCUAGGAUAACUGAAAAGCUCACUUGGGCCUCUUCCCUAGUUGCGAUUGCCCUCGGACUUGCAAUCAUCGUUAGCCAGUUUUUUGGUUACAGCCUGUAUUGAUCCACCGGUCUCUUAGUGGCGCGGGCUUAGAAGCUUCUUCUGUAGCACUAGAAAUAUCUGAGAAAGGUUCAAUUUGUUUUCGGCGGAAAUUCAUCAUGGCAUCAUAUUAUUUAACAAGCAGUUGGCAUUCUAGCUUUUGAUUGUUGUGAUCUCAGUAUAGAAGUAAAUUUACCAAUCUAUGUUCUUUAUUUCGGUGCGUCGACAUGCUUGGUUGUAAUCGUUAUUCCUUGCCUCUGAAGAUGGUUCAUGUAACAGCAAAUGAUUGCAAUGCAAUCUACCGAGUGUCAUUGUAAUCAAUACGAAUUUAAUUUAAUCGGGCACAGAUUCUAUA